GUUACAUGUUGCAUUUUCAAUUGUGUCAACACACAUCAUGAGGAACUGCGUCCCAAACAGGCCUGUUCAUUUGUCAAGAUUUGAAGUGAAUCUAAAAGAAAAUGAGGUUAUUGAGUGACAUUAAAUUCAACUUUAUACAGAAAGAAAUAAAAAAAUUGAGGCAGGAAGUGAAUGAUAUGCAAUUGAAAUCUAAUAAGUUACUAUUCGUAAACAGCCAAUUUUCUACUGAUGAAAAUCUCAACAUCAUUAAAAACCUUGAGCAGCAAUUAGAUUCUUUGAAUGAAGAACUAAAAUAUGAAACAGUUCUUCGUACAAGGAUUGAAGAAGAGUUGAGUUGUGCAUUAAGUGAACUGAGGUUUUAUCGGACAUCUACAGAAGCUGAUAUUGCCCACCAAGAAAAAAGCGAAAUUACGUCUCACUGUGAAAGUUUUACGAUCGAAAUUUUGAAUGAGCUGAGGGCACAAAUAUAUUCAAAUUUAUCAUCAUUCACCGAACAAAACAUAAAGCAAUUGACUUUGAAGAAAGGACGUUACAAUGAACUGAUUGGUUUUGGGAAGUUACGAGAGACAGCUAAUGAAUUCAAAAGAGAAUUGAUUGAGAUUUGUAGACGUGAAGAAAGUGCUAUUAAAUCACUUGGUGAAUUACAACACAAGUAUUCUAUACUUCAAAGACAACACAAUGGAUCCACUCAACUAACUGAGGAUGCAUUACAUAAGGUUGCAGAAUUAAUAUCUUUAAGUCAAACAUUAACUAACGAGCGUGAUGAUGCAACACAAAAAAGAGAAAAUGCAGAAAAUGAACUUUCAAAACUCAAACUUGUUGUCAAUAAAUUAACUGAAGAGUCUGGUCAACGUACAAGGGAAGAAAUAGAUAAAAUAGAAAAGAAAGCCAAUGAAAAUAUUGAGAAUUUAUUAAAUGAACUGCACCAUAUGGAGAAGGAACGCUGUCAAUUGGCCAUUCAAUUAGAAUUUUAUAAAACAAACAAUAUUGGUCAUCAUAUCAAUGAUGUAAAUAAUGAAGGUGAUUCCAAACCGGAUUGUCUGUUGGAUACUUUUAGAAAACGUGCCAUACACGCUGAGAGUUUAUGCAAUGAAUUAAAGUUAAGAUUGGAAACUGAAUGUAACAACAAAGAAAAAUUAGUUGCAUCUAAACAAAUCGAAAUUGAACAAUUAAAUGAAAAGAACAAAUUGCUUACAGAACGCUUUGAAUAUAAUGAAUUACAACGGAAAAAAAAUGAAAACCAUUAUAAUAAACAAAAUGAAGUUUUAUUCAAUUAUGAACUUCAAUUGAAUAGUCUUAAACAACAGUUAGAAGUUGUACAAAAAAGUGCACAAGUUCAAAUCACCUCAAUAAAACAGUCAAUGAAAAUGCAAGAAGUUGAGUAUAAAUUAAAGAUCGAAACACUUGAGAAAGUAAAUAAAUUAACCGAUGAAAAUUGGCGUAAUCUGUUAGAUAAGCAACAAAUAUUAACGUCACAAUGGAGAAAGGAAGCAGAAGAACUAGCCAACCAACUUGAAGAACAAACCAAUGCAUUUGAAACGGAAAUAGAAAAAUAUCGGAGUAAAUGACAAAUACCUACCAAUAACAUGAUAACAUUGUUGAACAAGUGAAAUACCCAUAUCGCUUAUCUAAGUAUUAUUUUGUCCUAUAUUAAUUGACAAUGGGAUAGAUGCAAAGUGGAAAUUAGUUACAUACGAUCAUUCUCAAAUUGCGAAACAGUGAAAAUGAACUACUACUCAAGAUUAAUAAAAUGUAUAAAAGAAGACCAGAAAAGAAUUGUUCUCUUUUCUGGUCUUAGUGUACAUACAAUUCACUCUCAAUAUUCUUUUGAAAUUUUUGUUGACGAUUCCAUCGAAAUAAUGAAAAAACCAG